CUAGGGCAUGCAAAUUGGUCACUGCCAGUGACCAAUCGGAUGGGUGUGGUAGAGACAUAAAAGCCAGGUACUUCUCAAAGCCUGAGUAUAUUUGUGCAGACGUUUCAUGAUCAGCUGUUUUAGGGAGCGACAUCAUUUGUGUCUUCUAUCGUUAGUUAGACACAGAAAACAUUGUCAAUGGCGUCAGAAGACUAUGGGGAAAUGAGCUGGAAGGAUAUGUGUGAGUACCUGAAAGAAAAAGGACUUGGAAGGUGGGCAGAUCAAUUUAAAGGAAAGCCUGUUAUCAAGCUGCGGGAGCUCAAAGAUGAUGGUUUUAUGUCUGGGAUGGGCGUAGAUCCGUCUGAGGAUCGUCAGGAAAUCUUGGAUAGUAUCUUGAAGAUCUGGCCAGCAGCUCCCAAGGUGUUUAAUGAUCCAAUCCACGGACAUAUGGAGUUGCACCCUCUUCUUGUCAAAAUCAUCGACACGCCUCAGUUCCAGAGAUUAAGAUACCUCAAGCAGCUGGGAGCGGGCUAUUUGGUUUAUCCUGGAGCCUCCCACAACCGGUUUGAACACUCAAUUGGGGUGGGGUACUUAGCAGGAGAGCUUGUGAAAGCUCUGAAGGAAAAGCAGGAUCUCAACAUCACUGACAGAGACAUCCUUUGUGUUCAGAUCACUGGGCUAUGCCAUGACCUGGGACACGGACCCUUUUCCCAUGUGUUUGAUGCAAUGUUCAUCCCCAAAGCAACUGGUCCAGGUGAGGAAAUUAAAACCUGGAAGAUGCCACUGUCAAGUAAAAUAAAAAGCGCUUGCCAUAGGCAGCGUGUUAAUUCUGACCCUGCAGCAAGAGCUGAGAACCUUGCAAGGAGAAGAGAAAGUGUGGACCGACUGUCCCGUCACAGUAUCUUGAUGAAUCUGAAGUUUGGGAAAAUUGAAGUUAAACCUGAAAAAAUAAAGAAAACACUUCCUGGCUCUCCUUGGUUCAUACUGAUUGAAGGUGAUCGAGAAAUUUGAUCAAGUGAGUAGUGACUUAACGACUUAAAAGUGAAUAAGGAUGCAUUAUGCACAAUUGGGCCAUAUAUGCAGUUUUUAGAGCCCUGUUUAAUAUUAUAAACCAAUCUAAGUGCAAAUGUGAUCAUUUUAAAUCAGCUUUAAUUAAGAAUCACUGUUUAAUACCAUAUUAUGGCUAUUUGAAAUGUAAUUUUAGGUGUGAUUUAGGGAUUUAAAAUAUUUAGUGGUGUUUGUUUAAGAUAUCUAUCGUGUGAAUUAAUGUGGUAACCUGAUUAGAUAUUAUUUUCAAUUGUAUUCAUGUUUGAUUAAAGAUUGUUUUGGGUGUAUGUCUUUGUUUUUAAUCUAUCAAUAUGAAAUCAAUAUCGUUACUAUUACCAUUAUAUAUUACUAUUCAUACUGUAGUUAUACAAUAUAGCUUGCUUCCUUCAAUGUAACCAUCUGUAUGAAUGUGGUUAUAUUUUUGUUUAUGGUCAUGGUGUGAAAAUGUUGUGAUUUGUCAUCAUGGGACUUUUGAGGAAAACCUACAACAAUGUUUCAACUUUGUUGCUGUUGAGAUUGGGUUAAUAAAAAAGUGUUUCUUCUUGAUUU